CGGGUCCCGCUCGGGGCGGAGCUCGGCAGCAGCGCUCUGCCCGGGGCAAUGUGGGGCUGCGGCGGGCUGAACAGAGCAGCCCGGGCUCUCGUCGCCCCGCGGGGCCGGAGCAGCGGGGCGGGCCCGCCCGGGAGGAGGCCGGGGGCAGCGGCCGGUGACCAUUAUGGUCAGGCUUUUCAGAGAGGCCCCGGGGGCUUCAGUGAGAACUACAGCUGGAAAAUGCAGUUGACAUCCAACAGUACAAGGUUUGUCUGUCUGACUGAAACGAAAAGCAGCAUGUCUGCUAUGAAGAGGCUAUACAGUACUUCACACACGACAGUGGAUUCAAAAGAGAUGAAAAAAUUCCAGCUUUUGGCACAUAGAUGGUGGGAUGAACAAGGAGAAUAUUCCAUCUUGCAUUCUCUGAAUGAUAUUAGAGUGCCAUUUAUUAGAGAUACUCUAUUGAACAUGAGUAGUGAUCAUCAGUUGGGAAGCCCUCUGUCCAGUGUAAAGAUUCUAGAUGUUGGCUGUGGUGGUGGAUUGUUAAGUGAACCUCUAGGUAGACUGGGAGCUUCAGUUACUGGAAUUGAUCCUCUGGAGGACAACAUUAGAACAGCAGAACAGCACAAGUCAUUUGAUCCAGUCCUAGCCAAGAGAAUACAGUACAAACCGUGUUCACUGGAGGAUAUUGCAGAAGAGGCUACAGAAACCUUUGAUGUAAUGGUUGCUUCUGAAGUAGUGGAGCAUGUGGCUGACCUAGAAACAUUUAUCAAGUACUGCUAUCAAGUGUUAAAACCUGGAGGCUCGUUAUUCAUUACUACAAUCAACAAAACACAGUUGUCCUAUAUCUUGGGGAUUGUAGUUGCAGAGAAAAUAAUGGGCAUUGUACCAGAAGGUACUCAUGACUGGGAGAAGUUUAUUUCACCUGAAGAGCUAGAAUGUCUGCUCGACUCAAAUGGCUUUUUAGUCAAGACAGUGAAUGGAAUGUCAUACAACCCCUUCUCAGGGUCCUGGAGUUGGACUGAAAGCACUAGCAUUAACUAUGCGGUGCAUGCCAUGAAAACUAGGGUAAAAGAACAAUCAAAUUCAAGAGAGCCACCUUCAGAGACAGAUAAGGAGGAGCACCUAGCCGAAGCUAAUGCCAGCACAACUGUCUGAGACACGGUAGUAGGCAAGCAGCAAGGAGUUGAAGGAAGAUUUGCAUAAAUGGUUGUAAUAAAACUGUUCGUUUGCAACAAGUCUGCUGUUCAUAUACAUGGCAGUUAAGAUGUUUUUGCCAAUCUGUUUCAAUGUAGUCUGGGGGGAGAACAAUUGUUUAUUCUCUCAGGAAUCAUGUAGGAUUAAGAUGGGAAAGUUUUUGGAGAGCUCUUUUAUGAGAAAAUAAUUUCAAACCUUCAGAUUAUUCUGUCAGUAUUUGUGUACGAUGGCUUUUACAGUCCUACCAAGAAAACACAAGUUUCAACAGGACUCCAGAGAGUAAUGGGUUGAUGCUGAGUUCAAUGUGGAGUCACUUUUAAAAACGCAAUACACUGUGUAAAUAGAAGGAUUUAAGCAGUUUUUAAAUUAAACUACCCAAGUGCGCUGUUCAGAAACUUGUUUCUGUAUUUAAUUAAUUGUUAAAACACCAAAACCCUCUUUUCCUCCUUCCGUUCUGGAUAUUCCAACUGUGGGAAAAGAAGGGACGGGUAGUGACAUAGGAGCUCCUGCUCUGUCUCCGCGCCACUGGUGUGAGCCGUCCAUGGCUGGUUACACUAGUACUGCAGUCUGGUUCAGCGAUGGCAACACCACACUUGGGAAUCUGGUCUCUGAAUGUCAACCUGUCUCACCCUCCAAAAAUGGGACCUGUUACCAGGUCCUUCAUAUUUAAGUAAAAUCGUCACAAUUUAAACAGUCACUUUUGUAGCAUAAAGCAGCAGUUAUCAGGCCAUCAGUUCGUUUACAAUCUGUUAUAGAAUCUAAAUUAUGUGAGUGGCACAAUCCUUUACCUACUUCACUGAGCUGAUAGGAGGUGUUCUUGGUAAAAAGCUAUUCUGCUCUGAAAUGUGAGUCUCUAAAUAAAAUGGUGUUGCAUGUGUCCAUGA